AUGCAUUGUGUCAUACAACAAAUAUCCGAGUCUCUUGGUAGCAUUGAGCGCGCCAAGGUUUUCUACUUGUGCGAAAUUUUGGACACGGAUAAUACAGCUGUCCGUGUGAAGGAGACGCUUACCUCCAAAGUCAUGAGCUAUGACGCGGACAGUCUGUUCCUGGCUGAGCUCAUGCUCCAUUUGAGAAGGUAUGACAUCCUGAGAAAGGUCCUGGGGUCCAGCAAGGAUGAAGUGGAGAGGGCUUUGGGAUCCAGGCAGGUUUUACCCAGAUUCAGAGUACUAAUGGCGCAUAUAAGCGAAGAUAUGACCAACGACGAUAUUAAGAGUGUGAAAUUUCUGCUAAGUGACAUGCUACCGCGUGAGAAAAUAGAAUCUGCAAAGAACUUCCUGGACGUGAUUAUAGAGCUAGAGAAGCUGGGUAAAAUUUCCCCCAAACGAGUGGACUUUUUGGAGGAAUGUUUAAGGAUUGUGGGCAGAAUUGAUCUCGCCAAAAAACUCAAGAUGUUCAAGAUGUCAGUAAACCUGCCAACAACUGAAGAAGUUGUACACCACGCCUGCCAGAAUCCAGUAAAUCGAUACACCUUUACCAGCGAACCCAGAGGAGUUUGUCUUAUUAUAGACUGUGUGGGUAACGAUGGAGAGAUGCUGGAGCACACGUUUAAGUCGCUGAACUUUGACGUGACUCUACAUAAAUGGCUCGGUCUGAUUGAGACCGUUACGACGCUCAAAAGCGUUUUUCGUGGAGGUUCUGACCACAGAGGCGACGGCCACGUCUGCUGCAUCGUCAGUCGUGCAACUGACAAUCACCUCCUGGCCACAGAUUCGGAUUGCGAAGGGCUCCGUCUUCAAGAUGUUCGGCGACUCUUUACCGGGGCUGGCUGUUCGGCGUUGGUUGGCAAGCCAAAGCUGUUCUUUGUCCAGAGUUACACUGUACCAGCGUUACAACCCUUUGUCGGAGGGAACUACUGGGAUGAUGAGCAACUGGAAACGGAUGGCGGGGGUGGUCAGUUGCAAACUGAUAGUACUCCGUUUGAUGCAGAUGUGCUGUGGAGUCACUGCCGAACUGGAGAACAGCAACUACAGGAAGGUCAACAUCACUCCGUGUAUCUUAAGGCUUUGACAGGAGCUUUAAGUGGAUGCCAAAGAAGGAGCAGACAUGUGAUUGAUCUACACGAGGAGGUGGAUAAAGUGAUCAUGGAGCACAACAGCAGGCAUCCUGGAGCAGAAUACCACAUAGACCUAAAAAACACUUUGACCAAAAAUCUGUACUUAUAA